AUGGUUAAAAACCGUCACCCUCUUCCUCUCAUCCUGAGGCUCUUGGUACGUCUGCAGGAGGCUCGUUGGUUCACAAAGCUGGACCUGAGAGGGUCCUACAACUUGCUCGAAAUCCAGCAGGGGGACAAGUGGAAAACUGCUUUCCACACCAGGUACAGCCACUACGAGUAUCUUGUGAUGCCAUUUGGUCUCUGCAAUGUUCCAACCACCUUCCAACAUUUUAUAAAUGAUGUCCUGAGGGACUUGCUUGAUAACUCUGUCGUGGCAUACCUGGAUGACAUCUUGACUUUUUCAACCACUCAAGAGGCUCACGUAGACUACAUGCAGGAAGUCUCGAGUGACUUGCGACAGAAGCAUCUCUAUGCCAAACUCAAGAAAUGCUCCUUUAAGAAACUGAAAUGGGCAUUCACUACAGCUCCAUUCCUAGACUACCCAGACGGCCUUUCAUUGUAG